ACUAGGGUUUUAGGGGAGCAGCGGCGUCUAUGGCGGAACCAUCGUCGCCUCUGGUCUUUCCUGAAUCCCCAGGCCUGUCCGAUCGGGUUCCGGCCACUCCAGUGUCGGCGGCGCGCAAUGGCUCGGCGCGCCGGCCGCGUCAAUCGCCGAGCGCUGGAUCAUCGGGUCACAGCACGCCGAUCCUCCCCGGAACCCCAGGUUUCGGCAAUAGAACGCCAAAUUAUUUUAAGUUUACUGGAGGCCGUGCAAGAGAAGCCGAGCCACAAGCCGAAGGGGCCCCAGUUGAGGAUCCGGGAUCGAAAACUUAUGUCUGGGGUACCAACAUUAGCAUCGACGAUACCCGCGAAGCUAUGCAUUUAUUUUUUGAAAGAUUUCGUGAAAGCCCAGAGGCUGUGGAGGCCAAGUAUAUCCAGCUUUUAGAUCAGGUUAUCGAACUAGAAGGACGCUCGCUAAAUAUUGAUGCUCAGAAUAUAUUUGCCUACAACGAGGAGCUCUACUCUCAAGUUGUCCGUUAUCCGCUUGAGGUUAUUCCGCUUUUUGAUAUGGUUGUGGGAGACAUAGCUAGAGAACGUAGGCCGGACUGGAACAAUCAUAUUCAGGCAAGAAUAUUUAAUUUGAAACUGAGCACAAAUCUUCGGGAUCUAAAUCCCUCCGAUAUUGAAAAGCUCGUUUCCGUGAAGGGAAUGAUCAUAAGGUGCAGCUCAGUUAUACCAGAGAUAAAGGAAGCAUUUUUUCAAUGUCUCAUGUGCGGCCAUUUUCCUGAAGUGACACCGGUUGAUCGAGGUCGUGUAAACGAGCCGUCCAAAUGCGCGAAUCCUGCGUGCUCUGCCGUGAACUCCAUGACAAUGAUUCAUAAUCGCUGCACCUUCACAGACAAGCAGAUUGUAAGACUACAAGAAACACCAGAUGCUAUUCCUGAAGGGGAAACUCCUCACACAGUUAGUCUUCUUAUGCAUGACAAGUUAGUCGAUGCUGCGAAACCAGGUGAUCGUGUGGAGGUGACUGGUGUCUUUAGAGCCAUGGCAGUGCGCGUUGGACCAAAUCAACGGACUCUAAAGUCUCUAUACAAGACCUACAUUGAUUGCCUUCAUGUGAAAAAGGCAGAUAAAUCGCGUAUGCAGAUGCAUGGUGGAGUUGAGUUUGAUAAUAAUGAGAUUUUCCUAGAGACAGAUACCUCUCCGGCUGUCUAUGAAGCCAAGAUUAACAAGCUCAAGGAACUUUCGAAGCUUCCUGAUAUCUAUCAAAAGCUUACGAGGUCCCUUGCUCCCAGCAUAUGGGAGUUGGAAGACAUAAAGAAGGGUCUUCUUUGCCAGCUGUUUGGCGGUUCUACGAAAAAGCUUUCGUCAGGAGCUUCGUUUCGUGGUGACAUAAACGUCCUCCUUGUUGGAGACCCAGGGACCAGCAAAUCUCAGCUCCUUCAGUAUGUGCAUAAGAUUGCUCCUCGUGGAAUUUAUACGAGCGGUAGAGGUAGUUCUGCGGUUGGUCUUACAGCAUAUGUUACCAAAGAUCCUGAAACUCGAGAAACUGUUCUAGAAAGUGGUGCUCUGGUUCUGAGUGAUCAAGGAAUCUGCUGCAUAGAUGAAUUUGAUAAGAUGUCUGAAAACGCGAGAAGCAUGCUCCACGAGGUUAUGGAACAACAAACUGUGUCUGUUGCUAAGGCUGGAAUAAUCGCCACUCUAAAUGCUCGGACAUCAGUUCUAGCUUGUGCCAAUCCCAGUGGGUCUCGCUAUAAUGCACGACUGUCUGUCAUUGACAACAUCCAGCUUCCUCCAACCUUAUUAUCCAGGUUCGAUCUUAUAUAUUUGGUAUUGGAUAAGCCGGAUGAACAGACAGACCGGCGAUUAGCCAGGCACCUGGUUGCUUUGCACUACGAGGAUCCGGAGGUAAGGCUACGUGUCUUCCAUCAUUCGUGUUUAAUCAAAGUUGUGGUUCAGGUUGAAUUGCUCGAAGCACUAGACUUGCCUACAAUAGCUGCAUAUAUCACGUAUGCUAGGCAGCGUAUACACCCAAAAUUGUCCAAUGAGGCUGCAGAACGUCUGAUUGAGGGAUAUGUGAACAUGAGAAGACGAGGAAACUUUCCUGGAAGUCGCAAGAAGGUAAUAACAGCCACACCUCGUCAGCUCGAAAGUCUCAUUCGAAUAAGUGAAGCUCUUGCACGAAUGCGCUUUUCUGAAACGGUUGACGAGUGCGACACGGUCGAAGCAUUGAGAUUGUUGGACGUAGCAUUACAGCAAUCGGCUACUGAUCAUUCCACAGGAAUUAUUGACAUGGACCUCAUCACAACGGGAGUUUCCGCCAGUGAACGCACAAGGCGCGAGAACGUCGUCUCUUCUGUAAAAGUGUUCAUCAUGGACAGAAUUCAAGCAGGAGCGAGCUUACGAAUAACAGAGUUAUUUGAAGACAUUCGAGCGAAUGUCAACCAGGAGAUGAGCUUACAAGAUCUCAAAACUGCGUUGAAUACGCUUAUGACAGAAGGAUUUGUUUCAGUUCUAGGGGAUAACGUGGCCAGAAGCUGAAUGCCCUUGUAAGAUUGAUUUAUUGACAUGUUUUGGCUGGUUGUUCUAGGAUCGCUUGCUGUUACUUCGAAGAAAUUCAUCAUAAGUUUGCGACGUGAA